AUGUCCUCGUCAGCGCAAGCAUUCCAACAACGUGAAAAUAUCCGACCGAGAAAAGAGCAAGACUACGAAACGGCUUCGGCGUUAGCGAGCCAGCGACACCGUGUUCCCUUCACUAAGACCAGCGCUUCACUAACUCUCUCUCCGUCCCUCCGCCCCGCCACUCCGCGCCUCGCCCUCUUGCUGGAAAGAAAGUGCUCAGUGACGCCGCUCGGCACUCUCGCUCGCCAGCCCGAAUGGCAUUUCCCACAGUCUACCCGCUCCCACACUAGCAUUCCCCACAUCCUGUCCCGCUCCCACACUGGCCGCCUCGCUCCCAGACCGGCAUCUUCCCAUAGCCAGCCCCCUCCCACACCCACAUUUCCCACAAACUGUCCCACACCCACCGUGGCACCUUCCCACAGCCCUGCUCCACAAGACCCCCACACGAGAUCCCCACACAAGACCCCCACACAUGACCCCCACACAAGACCCCCAUACAAGACCCCACGCACAAGACCCCGACACAAACUCCCCCCCACAGCUAGACGCCACGGUUCCCCAUCUAAGAUCGUUCUCAACCCCCCACCCACCCACAAAGCCAACCACGGUCCGCCUCUUCCUUAA